AUGAGCGCAGUUGUGGUUGCUGGGAUACCAGGGCCAACGAUUGCUGUUGAUCAGAACGACUCUUGCUCUCUUUCUUUAAGCGUGGCCCCUGAGAAAAGCUUCUGGAGGAGUCAACCACCUUUUUAUCCUGAAAUAAAAGGUGAUCCUCGAGAGGGACUUUCCCGUAGAAGAAAGGCAGUUAUUCUCUUUGUUAUUUCUCAGGCGGGUUCACUUGCUGGUUUUAGCUCUACUAUUUAUUUUCCAUCUCUGGUUCAGAUUUCUGAGGAUCUGAAUGCAUCUCAGACGAGCAUCAAUGCGUCAGUGUCCUUAUUCAUCCUCUUCAUGGGCGUUGCUCCCCUUAUUACUUCAACGCUCUCCGAUACAUUCAAGAUCCGCCGUAUUCUUUAUCUUGUUUAUGCAGUAGUAUUUACGGUUGCAUCUUUUGGUGGCGGAUAUUCCAACUCAGCCGCUCCCCUUAUUCUCGCUCGAAUCUUUCAAGCGGUAGGCUCUGGCGGAGCCACCAUUCUUGGAGCAGGGACUAUAACCGAUAUUUAUCCACCAGCUGAGCAAGGAACAUCAAUGGGCUUAUUCUUCUUGGGUCAAUUCCUUGGUCCGGUCUUAGGGCCUCCGAUUGGCGGUCUCCUAGCACACGCAUUCGGUUGGCGAUCUACAUUCUAUUUCAUGGCCAUCGUCAGUGUUGUAGUGAUCUUGGAGCUGUUCUUUUUCUUGCCUGAAACUUACCGUGUAGAGCCAGAAGAUUUGGACUCGCUUGAGACUAAAGGCUUGCCGACACGAACCAAAAAGGGAUUUGUUAAUCCAUUUAAAGCCGUAUUCUUAUUAAGGCAUCCUGUCAUCAUCCUCUCUGCUAUUGAGCUCGGAAUGGUCUUUGGCCUCAUGUUUUCCAUCGAAACCAUUGUUCCUGAGCUAUUUACGAGUCGCUAUGGGCUAAACGAAUUCGAAACAGGUCUAACCUAUCUCGGCGCCGGCGUUGGAAGCGUUAUCGGUGCUAUGAUGGGCGGUAAACUGUCUGAUCUCUCCUUGGUACGUGGCCAGCGUAGAAAUGGAGGCGAGGCGAUCCUGGAAGAUCGAUUGUCAAUUACAAUGUGGAUUGCUGCUUAUAUCAUUGUCCCUUUGGGUGCUCUUCUCUUUGCAUGGAGUGCUCAAGAUCAUCUCCACAUCGCUGUACCUAUUGUUGGCUUUUCAAUCUAUAACUUUGGUAUGGGUCAGGUCAUGUCCGCCGGUUCCGCUUACGUAGUCAAUGCUAUCCCAGGACAAGGAUCUUCUGCGACAGCAGCGGUCGGCUGUUUAAGGAUGAUCUUUGCAUGCAUCUUUUCAUUGACUGCCCAGCUCAUUGUGGAUAGUAUUGGAUAUGGUAAUUAUGGUAUUAUCAUGGCCGUCAUCAAUAUUGUUUGUACCCUUGUGUUCCAUAUUGUCAAGUUUAAGGGUGCUAAAAUGCGUGCCGCUGCUGCCAAGAUCGAGCAGAAUAAGAACUCGUAA